AUGUAUUUUAUUGGUGUUAGAAGCAUAAAUUCUCUUCAUUCCGAGCAAUUGGUCGAAUUUCGAAAAAAAUUUAAUGAGACAAGUUUAUUGUGCGAUAAAAAAAAGAAAGCACGAACAUAUAUUGCAUGUAGUCAGUUGAUUAUUUAUUUUAAAUUAAAUUUUCAACAAUCCAAUUUUUUUUUUCAGCAUUUUGUUCCAUUAUAUUCCGAAUUCGAAGCAUUAUAUGCUCGUAACUGCUAUAAUCGUGUUCGAGAUAUUUUUGAGCGUCCAAUCAGUAGUGCUGCAGGCGCACGUAUCAAAAUUUUAGACCGUUAUUCUAACAAUUUUGGUUGGACAUUUAGUUACACAGGUACCACGACUGAAGUAAUCAAUGUUGGCUCUUACAAUUACCUUGGUUUUGCAGAAAAUACUGGCCCAUGCGCUAGUGCAGCUGCUACUGCCAUUGAUGAGGAAGGAAUUUCAAAUUGUACCGUUAUUCAUGAGCAAGGAUAUUCAAAGACCCAAUGGGAAUUAGAAAAACUUCUCGCUAAAUUUCUCAAGGUAGAAGAUGCCAUUUGUUUUAGUAUGGGAUUUGCUACCAAUUCUGUAAACAUUUCUUGUCUCGCUAAUAAGGAUUCUUUAAUACUUAGUGACCAAUACAAUCAUGCAUCCUUGAUUCUUGGUUGUCGCAUGUCGGGUGCAACAGUGCGAAUAUUUAAGCAUAAUGAUGUCGUUGAUCUUGAACGAAUAUUGCGCGAAUCGAUUGUCUAUGGCAAUUCAAGAACUUAUAAACCAUUCAAGAAAAUUAUAAUAAUUAUUGAGGGAAUAUAUUCUAUGGAAGGAUCUAUAUGCGAUUUACCUGCUAUUAUAGCGUUGAAAAAAAAAUAUAAUGCCUAUCUCUAUCUCGACGAAGCCCAUUCGAUUGGUGCAAUGGGAGCAGAUGGAAGUGGCAUAGUCAAUUAUUGGGAAUGUGACCCUAAUGAUGUGGAUAUUUUAAUGGGUACUUUCACAAAAAGUUUUGGAUCUGCAGGAGGAUAUAUUGCAGGAAGAAAGCGCACGAUAGAUUAUAUACGAGUAAAUUCACCAGCUGGUACCUAUUCAUCACCAAUGUCACCGCCAGUUGCUAAACAGAUUUAUUCAUCGUUAUCAAUAAUGAUGGGACUCGAUGGAACAAACGAUGGCAAGAAUUUUUUUCACAAGCCAAAGAACUACUAUUUAUUUGACUUGAAAACUUUGGUUAUGAAUACCCGUUAUUUUCGAAAACGCCUAAAACAAAUGGGUUUCAUCGUGUAUGGAUCAGAUGAUAGUCCGGUUGUUCCAAUUAUGAUAUAUUAUCCCACAAAAUGCGGGUUGUGGGGGCGCGAGAUGUUGAAAAGGCAUGUUGGAGCUGUUGUGGUAUCUGCUCCUGCGACAGAUAUGGCAGAAAGUCGCGUACGAAUUUGCUUAAGUGCUUCUCAUACAAAAGAAAUGUUGGAUAUAGUUCUAGAAGCUAUAGAAGAAGUUGGAAUAUUAAGUAAUGCAUUGUAUUCAAGAAAAAAAUAUAAUGAAUAA